ACGGGCGGGAAGGCGCCCCGCAAGCAGCUGGCCACCAAGGCUGCCCGCAAGAGCGCGCCGGCCACGGGCGGCGUCAAGAAGCCGCACCGCUACCGGCCCGGCACGGUGGCGCUGCGCGAGAUCCGGCGCUACCAGAAGUCCACGGAGCUGCUGAUCCGCAAGCUGCCCUUCCAGCGCCUGGUGCGCGAGAUCGCGCAGGACUUCAAGACCGACCUGCGCUUCCAGAGCUCGGCCGUCAUGGCGCUGCAGGAGGCCAGCGAGGCUUACCUGGUGGGGCUCUUCGAGGACACCAACCUGUGCGCCAUCCACGCCAAGCGCGUCACCAUCAUGCCCAAGGACAUCCAGCUGGCCCGCCGCAUCCGCGGGGAGCGCGCAUAAGGUGCUGCUUAACUCCAGUUUGAGACCAUCGAAAACCCAAAGGCUCUUUUAAGAGCCACCACAACGUCACUAAAGGGCUGUAAAUUCCUUAUUAGCGGUAGGAAGUUUUUUGGGUGGCCUUGCAGUCAAGAAUCUACCGUGUUAAGUAAGUACUAAACAUACAAUGCUUAGUGUUUAUCGUAUUUUGUUGAGUUUAGGUCCUUACUUUUGCAAAACUAGUGGAGUUAUUUUAAAGGGGUUUUGCUAAAACCAGUUUUGGUUUAGGGUAAACUCCUUUCUAUGUGGUUUUCCUCCUGUAAUUUUGUAUUUGUGAAACAGUACUGUUGUGAAAGGGACGGUGCUUAAAAGACCGGUGGAUUUUGCCUCUUAGUGUACGUCUUAAAAUCAUUUGUUCCAACUCCGUAAUGGAAGAAACUUCUAUAGGAUCUUGCUCUCGUGUUUUGAGUAGUUAAACACUAAAUGCCUCUUGUAUAUUGUGAAUGUUUUUCUGCCUUUGCCCCUCUACCGUUUUUCAGGUUUUUUUGCUUUAUUCUGCAAUAUUUUAUUUUCCCCCUCACUCUUGGUUUUGGGAGGGCGCAUGGAAUUCACUUUGUUUCUGAAGGCGCAAAAACUCCUUUCCCGCUUUCCCCGGCAGCACUGGCGGUAGCUUUUCUCAGUGUUUUAUCAAUCCUGGUCGUGAGUGAUGUCCUGUGGACAUUUUCAGCCCAUCUCAAGCAUUACUCUUUAUUUCCGAGAUAAAUGAAUUUCUAAAAUUGGAGGGGAUGGUGUUUGUAUGGAAUGUAAGGUGGAGGUAAGGAAAUUUUAUGAUUCUGAGUCCCUUUUCCAAGUACUCUGCUCCUUGCUGAUGUCUUGUCUAGGACCACACUCGUGGCAUCUUUAAUUUUUAGAUAUUUUGGGUUGCAUCAAUUUUCUGUCAUUACUGAGGCUCUCAAAAAGAUUUGUUCAAGGUUUAUUUUUAAUAAGAAUUUGUGCUUGUCAAAGCACCAGCCAUGUGCUUUCCAAGAAGUAUCUCUGCUUUAAAACGUGGUGUGUCUAGAAUAAUUUUUAAAUGGAGGCUCUUCCCUAUUCAUUGUGUUCUGUGAUUUUUGUGAACCUACCUGGAAAAUGGAUUUCUCCCUGACUGUAAAUUCAGUCACACACACCCCCCUUUGCUCUCCUAGGAAACAGAUCUGUUGUUGCCUGAUAAAUGUACAUUUGUAAAAUUAUUUCUGACUUUUUGGCACCUUUAUAUUCACUUAUACUGCAGGUAGUUUUAUGUAAUUUGAGGAGCCUGCUGUUCCAUUAAAUUACUGCAAGUUAUGUCCCUUUGGCUUUUCGAUGCUACAAAUCUGUAAAAUCUUAAAGCCGUGGCUUUAAGAAGCGUUUGGAUUGAGUAAAACAGCCUUCAUUUAUACUAGAAAAUAAAGAGCCACUGAGAAGUGCUUAGAGGAAAUAUUUCUCCUGGAAAGCCUAAGAUUGUAAGACUCUUAAUUUGCUCUUAAUUGCUGAUAAGUUUCAUUUUAGGAAUAUUUCUUCCUCUGUGUCAGAAACUUGGACUCUGCAGCAAAAUCUGACCAAUCCAGUGCCUCGACACCAUUUUCUUUCCUCUGUUUUUCUCACUUUCAGCCAUUUUCUGUUUCUGAACCUGAGGGUUAAAAGAGGGGGGAAGGAAUCGGGAGUAGAGCUUUGGGAAUUACGAAGUCUCUGCUGUGAUUUCUUCAUUCCCCAGAUUUGUUCAUUGAUGCAGGAUUUGCAUUUUUACCAACAGAUUUUUUAAUUUCUGUAGAUUACCACCGGGAUUGCGGAAAUGAGUUUUACUGAAAGCUAACUCGUUUCAUUUAACCAAGAUGGCCAAAGAUGUUUACCAAGACAUGCUUGGAUAUGCUUAUAAUAAAAAAAAUUAAAACUCAGGUAAAAUAACUUUUUCUAAUAGUUUAUUUAGAAGAUAUUUGAUGUCUAGUAUCUUAAAUAAGCUAUUGGUCAGAGUGCUUGAUUUCAGCAAAAUGUAGCAUCAGAAAUUUUUUUUUUGCAUCUUCAAGAAGCAAAUUAUUUUUGAGUAGUGAGACAGGGAAACAGGUUUUAUUUGCCUUAAUCUCUUGUCAUUUUCCUCCAGGCUUUUGAAGACCCCAUAAUGUUUUACAAAAUUAAGUAUUAUUUGGAUUCAUUCAGAGAGAGUUACAUGUUUGAAUUGCAAUGAAACCCUAACACUUCUGCUGAAAAAGAAAGAUGUGCAAUGAUUUUUAUUUUUUCAGGGCUCAUAUAAACUCGAGUCUGAAGUAGCUUUGGGGUGUUAUACACAGGAAACAGGAAGCAUGUAACACAGGUGACUAAGUGCAAGAUUCCCUAAAUCCAAGUGAGAAUAAAAGUGGAAGUUCCUCUGGUUCCAGCAAGGUUCAGCUGCAUUUCUUUGCUUUUUGCAAGGGAGCCUGAGAUAAAAGAAUGCUGCCAAGUCAAAGCUGGAUCUGAGCAAGACCUCUGUGCUGACCAGCUGAGGAUUGCCUUGAGAGUUGCUAUUGGUAAUCAAGGUGCUUUUGCAGGUGAUUUUAGAUGCUCAGCAAGGUAUCAGCUAGGACUGUAGCUUGCCCUUCAGCCACUCUCCAUGGAUCAACUGGCUCAAAUUAAAAUCAUGGCUUGGAAGAAUAUUCUUGUGAGUCCAAUGGGUAAAAUAGAGGAUAGCUACUGGCAAAUACUUCAUUUCAUCCAAAUACAUAAAAAAGUCUGAUGACAGCAUCUUUGUAGAACAUAAAUAUUUGAAUCUGUCCUACUUGAUAGCUAUUAGUUUCUGAAAAAAAUCUGAACAGAUAUAUACCCAUAUGAAAGCAAGUUUCUCUUUUGAACUAACUAUUGUAAUGUAAAUAUUUUGUAAAAGUGGUUUCCAUGCAAGCCAGUAUGCAAAGAGACAUCCUAAACAUGUUUUCAUCUGCAAGUCCCUCCUAUGGGCUUUUUCACAAUCUGAAUCACCUGUUGGUUACAGCCUUCAGUAACCAGCAGCAGUGGAGUUUGAAGUUGGCCAGCCACAGAUCUCCUACAGGCCUGAUCAGAACUGCCCUGCUGCAUCAUUGCCUCUCUUCUCUCCUACUUUCAAGUCUUGGUGCAUCUUUGAGCUGGGUAUCAGCAUCUGUCAGGUUGUAGCUGUGCAAUCAACGUUGUCACAACACUCUGAACACUUAAGAUUUUAUAUAUUAUAAAGAAUUUUGUCAGCUACUCCUAUUAUGGAAUUAAUUACGCUGGCUGCAAUAACAGGGCCUGACCCUAGGAUCCUGUUGAUUAAUGCAACAAUGAUUUAUUUUCCAAAUGAAAGGUUUCCAAUUUGUCUUUUUUUUAGUUCUCAGGUUACAGCUUUAGCUGGGUGGAUAUGCAGAGGGAGCACUACACCAAAAACUAACUUUCAAUCCCAUUCAGGCCACCCAGUGCUCAGCUCCCAGGUUCGUCAGUAGCUUCUGGUCAGUUGUCUCUUUUGUUGGUUUUGUGGGGGUUUUUGGGAUUUUUUUGGGUUUUUUUUAUCUGACAUUACCUCAAUUCUUGGAGUUGUUUCCUUGGUCCUUCCUUACCUUUUUCAUUCUGCUUUGGGCUAGUUGAACAUUAGCAGCAUUUUAAAAAAGCUUUUACUUUGGUCAGCUCUUGUGGCCUAAUGCUGUAAGCACUCCAGCCAUGAAUGCUAAAAUAAUUAGUAUAUCGUGAGAAUAUGGAGAAAACAGUUAAUGAAAAUGGCCUGUGUAAUACUGUGAAGUAGCACAGGGUGGAAAUCUCUGUUCUCAGUUAAGUUGUUAUGGCAAUACCAGUUUUUAGUAAUAAAAACAACAAACUGAAGGAACAUUGAUAUAUAUAAACAAUACAAACUGAGCUUGAAUUAAACCAGUUUGUACUUUAAAAAUGCAAGCCCAUCUGGCUGGGGGCCUCAGCCCCCAGUCUGUGAUGACUGAUAGGGUUCAGCAAAACAAAUCCUGCAGCUCCAGGGACACUGGGGUGGCAAAAGCCAUGCCCCAACCUUGCUCACUGCACACAGCUUUCAUCUCUGCCACCCAUGGUGCCCUGCAUCUCAGUCUAAAGGUGCUUUUAGGUUUGGCUCCAGAGGCACUGGUGCCACCAAGGACCUGCUGAGGUGAACAUGGCACUGCCCCAGUGUUGCUGUGGCAGCAGAUGUGACACAAAGCAGAUCCCUAAGAAACUUCAUCCAAGCCAUUAUUGUGCCCAUACGUAGCGUUUCUAUACCCUUCUGACCCCAUAGUGCACCCCAUUCCAUUGGCCAUCACCACACCACCCCUCAAGUCCAUUGGUGGAAGCAUUGUUUUGAGAAAGUGUCCCCAAAAAUCCAAAAUACAGAUAGAUUUUGUUUUAUCAUGGUGUUUUUCUCAGCACAGAUGUUCCUUAUUUUUCUCUAUCUUUAUCUUCUUUUUCUUCUCACACAGACACAGGAAUUCUGCUGGCUUCUUCUUUCUGUUAACUCUUUCAUCUGACCCUCAGCCUGCUGUGGGCCCUCUCCACACCCCAACACUGCUUUCUCCACACCUUUCUCUUCCAGGCCAUCCCUGGUGCUGGGCACCUCGGCCUCAGCCCAAGCCUGCUCUUAGGGAAAGGUUUCAGACUCACAAAACUCACACCUGCAGGGACACUGGGGCAGCAAAGAGCAUGUCAAGGUCAGGGUGACCCUGCCCCAACUCUGCUUCCUCCUCACCUUUCUCAUCUGGGUCACCUGUGGUGCUUUCUCAAGUUUACAUGUAUUGACAAUGUUCAGUUCCAUAUCUGUUUCCCAGUCCUUCAUGUUCUUUUCCCCUUAAACACACCGAGGUUUUGCUACUCCAUUAACAUGAAGAUGCUUUUUUAAUGGGCUUGAUCACUUUGUCUUUACACAUCAGCCAAGUCUGUACUCUGUGGUGCUGUCCUCUGUUCUCAUGUGGUGGUUAAUGUAAUUGAGAUAUUAAUAUACCCAAUUAUAUAUCCUCUGUGUCCUUAUUGCUUCUCUCUCCACAUUUUAUUCUUGCUCAUCACAAUCUGUUUUUGAAGAUCUUCCAUUUCACUGCAUGCUAUCCCCAUGCCAUGAAUAUUUGAUGUAUUUAUGAGUAUCCCCUUUCUCUCUGCCCACGGAUUUUUAUUUUUAUGCUAUUCCAAGCACAGCACUUUUCCAUCAAGAUGAAUCUUUAAUGCUAUGCAAAAUUUUGGCCUGUAAGAGCUUCAACUUGUGAUGCCAUCAAUAGGAAAGUAAUUGAUGCAGAGGGCACAUGAUAUACUUUUCAGUAAGUGUUCCAUAUGAUCCCAUUGAUUUUAGGGCAGUAUGCCAAUGUUGUAAUGAAAACAAGGACCUAGAGCCUAAGGCAUGAUGUAAGAAGCAUGACAAAAAAAAAACAAACAAAACCAAACACAAAAAACCAAAAACAAAUAAACAAAACAAACAAACAAGAAGUGUUUCUGAGACAUAGCUUUUCAGGAGCAGCCAAAAGUCAUCCAUAAAAUCUUUGUGUGUUUUAGAUGCCAAUUCAGUGUGCUGAGGUCUGAAUGCUUCCUGAGUUAAUUCAGACUGCUGCUAAUAUAGGAAAAAGAGGUAAGAUCUCCACAGCACCAAUGCAAUGAUAAAUAGCACUUGAGAAUUUCUGAAUGCUUUGCUGCAGUCAACUAGCUCUGUCAAAAUCAUUGUCACACUGAGAUUGAAGGACUUCUAAGUAACAAACAGGGCCAGCUGCAAUUCAAGUUAAUUAUGUUUUCAAGUAGAAAAUUAAGGAAUGUUUUCUUCCCCUCCUUUUUCCUAAAUGAAGUAUGGUCUUGGUUGCUAAAAUUGAAUGUUAUUUUCCUUAUUUGGGCCACUUUUGAUCUUCCCAUCAGUUCUCCCAGGCAGACUCAUCUGACAGGUUCUUAUUGUUUUGUUUUUAGGAAAAAGGAACGUUUUUGGAAAAAAAUUGAAAUCAUUACAUGGAUAUGGACUAGUCUACUUCCAGGAUAGAUGCAUUUAAAACUUUAAGAGUUGUAACUAUGCAGACACCAAAGAGAAAUGGAGGUGUUGCCAACAUUUGUCACUCUCAGGCUCCUUUGGUAUUCUCAGUCUAGGCCAAUGUAACUGAAAUUUUUCCAGAACAAAAGUGUCAUCCCCAGCUCUGCAUCCAAUGUUUGAAAACUAACAGAGUCAGCAGCAUUUCCAGGCCAGUCCUUGCUGUUACCUGUAACUGGGGUCUUUAAAUGGGAAGAAUAGGAAAUUCUUAACAUCCUUACAAAAUUUAUCUUAAAUUCAUUAAAUUUAAUGCCCCUGAAAUGCAUUGCUGUAAGACUGCAUCUGAAGUAUUUCAUAAUACACAGGAUUUUGCAAGCACCUGUAUAUGUUGUAUUUAGGACUUUCAAGUCCUAAAACUUUAUGUCCUCAGCUGUUUAGGAGGUGAGUCUGGUUUGCUUUUUUUAAACACAUUAUAAAUAAUGUUUCAGAGUUACUUUUUAUCCUCCUUUGUUUUUUGCUUUCUGAAUGUAAUAGGCUCAUGUGACUGGGCGGUGUCACACACGUCCUAAUGGAUCAAUCACUUUCCUGUAGAAAGACUUCAGUUUAAAUGUAGGAAUUAAAUAGGAAGUGGUGAUUGUAAGGAAGUGAUCAAUUAGGAAAGCCAAAAUGGCCUCAUGUUAGGGAAGAAUAAAAAUCAAUUCAACUCUAAUACAUCCUUAAGUGCUGGAGUCACAAUUCCAAAACACGCAGUUGCCUAAAUUAUAAAAUAGAUUCUAUCAGUAGACUUACAGCUUCAUAAAAGAAGGCUGAAGACUUUUGAACAAAGUUGUCUGCUGGAGAAGGAAAUAGAAAGAGUUAAAAGAUAACCACAGAUAUU